AACGAGAGAGCCGUCCGUGGCCGAGAGAUAGUGUGCGCGUCGUCGUCGUGUAGUGCGUGCCAGGCUGCCCGCUGCCCCGUGUCAGUGCGCGCGCUCGCCCGCGUGUGUGUAUGUGCAUCAGUGUUGUGCGGUGCGCGCGCGGUUACCGGUGUGUUGUCUGCUGUCGCCCGCGCUCCCGCGCGCGUGUGUAUACGUUCUCGGAAGAAGAAGCGGAGAGAGACGACGAGUGAGAUAUGCCGUUCGCAGCCUCCGUCGCCGCCACCGCCAUCGCCACCGCGAGCUACUGCGUGACGAGCUACGACGGUGCCGCGCACGUGAAUCGCGCGCACGCCGCGACGGACACGUACGACGAGUGAUUUCGGAACUGUCGGCAUGGCAAGUAAUGUGGGACACGGCAACGGUGGCAGUGCUUUAGUGAUUCUGUUAUCGACGCGCCAUCGACGUCGGCUAGGUCCACUUUCAGCCGGGGGAACGACGCAGUACCUAUACGGCCCACAUAAUUACGGCGUGCGAGGACGGCGCAAUUAUGAAGGCCAAAAUGUACUUCGUCUUCAAUAAGAAGUUGCUGUGAAGAAGAUAUCGCGGAGGCGUCAAUCGCGGUCAAUCUUACUUGUUGUUCGCAACCCCUUUGCGGAAGCUCGCGCAACCUCAAGACUUCUGAUUCUUCCGGGAAAGGAAACACCCCCCGCGAGUUUGAAACCGGGUUACCCGGAGCCCGCACGGGGAAGGGAGAAUCGGAGAGGGUUCACGCGAGCCUGGACGAACGCGGACGAUCGAUCGAUUACCCUCCUUGGGGGUGGAAGAGAGGAGGGCGCGUAGGAGGAGGACAAGAGCGCGGAAAUAACCCAGAGUGUUUUUCUCGUGGGGCAACCGCGUCGCAUUUAAUCCGCAGUCCACUAAUUACUGCCUUUGAGAGGUCCAAGAAAAAGGUCAAACAAUCGGACACGAUCAAGGCUGUGGGCGGGGGAGGAAAGAGCGAACGAAGGAGAAGUAGGGACGAGUUCGUAGGGUCGACUAUCAAUCGUCGAUCAAUCAAAGAAAACGAAAGUGGUGGUCGGGGCGGUACGUGGGGAUAAGGUCGGGAACGUUCAACGGGAGGCUUUCAAGCGCGCGGUGUUCAAUGAGACAAGGAGAUGAAGACGAGGAAGUCGCUGCUGCCGAUCGUUCUGUUGUGCGUCACGAUGGCGAGCCUGGCGUUCUGCCAGGAGAAAAGGUGGCCGAAAGCGGCCACGAAGCACCGGGAUAAAAGCGCCAAGGGCAAAUACGAUCCCGAUUACGUGGACAGGAUCUGGCAGGAGGAGGAGGAGGAGGACUCCGCGGAGUUGUACGAUCGGAGCUCCGCGGCCACCGGUUACUACGACUCCAGAUCUAUGGACACUAUGGCCGCUUAUAGAAACAACAGGGCGAUCGAGAAGUCCAGAUCCACGGAUGUCAGGCCGAAAAAUAAUCAGCAGUCUAGUCAAUCGUCGAACCUACCCAAGUCGCACACGAAAUCGAGCGAGGAGGUAGGACGAGAGAAAGGACGAAGAUAUAAAAAUAUGACGAUCGGGGACGGUAUUUGUCAGAGCAUAGACAUCAGGAACAGCGUUGACAGUUUCUCGGUACUGAAAGACUGCCGGGUGAUCGAGGGCUUCCUGCAAAUCGUACUGAUUGAGAACAACACCGAGGCGGACUUCGAGAACGUUACCUUCCCGGAGCUGAGAGAAAUCACCGGCUACUUUCUUCUGUAUCGCGUGGACGGUCUGAAGAGUCUCAUCAAACUCUUUCCGAAUCUCGAGGUAAUUAGGGGCGAUAUACUCCUCACGGACUACGCCUUCAUGAUUUACGAGAUGAAGAACUUGCAAGAGAUUGGUCUCACCAACCUGACAAAGAUAUCCCGGGGUGGUGUACGUAUAGAGAAGAAUCCCGCUCUCUGUUUCACGAAUACCGUGAAUUGGAGUCUCAUCGUCCCAGCCGGCGAGAAUUUCAUUAAAGAUAACAGAAACGAGCAGAGUUGCCCGCAUGUGAAAGGAUGUUCGCAAUGUCCUGGCGGUUAUUGCUGGACUGCCCAACGCUGCCAGAAGCUAGAGAGACCGAAAUGCCACGAGCAGUGUCUCGGGGAAUGUUACGGUCCAAGCGAUACCGAGUGUUACGUAUGCAAGCAUUAUCGACACGAGGGAAGAUGCAUUGAAAAUUGUCCGCCCAAUUUAUACGCAUACCUCUCGAGACGGUGCAUCAGCAAGGACGAAUGCCAAGAUAUGAAUCAUAUUAGAAGAUUGACUAAAACGGAGGAAAUACAGAUAUGGCGACCUUUCAAAAAUUCAUGUGUCACUCAAUGUCCUGAUGGUUACGAGGAUUAUGUCGACGACAAAAAUAUAACAGCUUGUCAGGUUUGCACAGGACAGUGCCGUAAAUUCAGUAAAGGUGCCAUUAUACGCCACAUUUCGGACGCUCAGAGUUUUCGUGGUAUAACGGUAGUGAAGGGAGCUCUGGAGUUUCAAAUUAGGAAUGGCAACCCGAAUAUAAUGAAUGAGUUGGCAGACGCGUUCGGUUUAAUCGAGGAGAUAACCGAGUACCUGAAGAUAACGCAUUCGUUUCCGAUCACGUCGCUGAGCUUCUUCAAGAAACUCAAAGUGAUCAAGGGUGAAGGUCUAGAUCUUAAUAACGCGAGUUUGGUGGUUCUGGACAAUCCAAAUCUUUCCUCUCUCUUCCCGCCAUCUCAAACGAUAACUAUAGAGAAUGGCAGACUGUUCUUUCAUUACAAUCCCAAGCUCUGCCUCUCGAAGAUUGAACAGUUUGGUAAAAUGGUGAAUAUCACUAAUUUCACGGAUCUCGAGGUCCAGCCGGAAUCGAACGGCGACAAAGUUGCAUGCAACAUCGUCAACAUAAAUAUCACGGUGAAAAAACGGGAGGCGGAUCACGUGAUUCUGAGUUGGGAUAGCUAUAAGCCGCCGGAGGGCCAACAGCUUCUCAACUAUCUGUUAAAUUACAUAGAAACCGAAAACGAGAACAUAACGUAUGAAGCGAACGCUUGCGGUAAUAACACGUGGCAAAUCAUAGACGUCGGUAUACCGAGUUGGAAUUCGACCGUUUCCAAGUAUAUCUCGAACUUAAAACCGUAUACCAAGUAUGCCGCGUAUGUGAAAACGUUCACGGCGAGAAACAAGAAGAAUUCGAAGAAUUCCUUCGUAACUCCGGUGGGUCAAUCGGAGAUCAUCUUCUUUCGGACGAAGAGCGCGAUACCUUCGGUACCGACGAAUGUUACCUCGACCGCGAUAAGUGACAGUGAAAUUCUACUCAAGUGGGCCCCGCCGGUUUAUCCGAACGGUCCCAUAGGCUACUACAUGAUCACCAGUAUGAUUCGAUUGGACGACGAGAAAUUGGUCGCUUCGCGAGAUUACUGUGUCGAUACUUUGGUCAACGAAGCUAAGAAGGAGGAGAUACACGAAGUGACGAUUAAAACGUCAUUGGCCGUAUCUGCCCGGACUGAGGUCAUCUCAAAUUCUAAUUCCUGCUGUGUCAAGGACACAACUCCGAAGAAAUCCGAGCUAUUCUGCCACAAGAAUGUGACCAUCAGCAAUUUGUCACCCGGCUGGAAGGAUUAUUGCAUCUUUAAUAACUAUAAUUCGCCGGAGAGUAAAUUUUAUGAUAUGACGAACAAUUUAUCCGCUUCAAUGCAGGAAGAGAAGAAAAGUGCGACAGACGUUUCGGCUAAUGCUGGUAGCGGCAACCAUCUGAAUGAGGUGCGUUUGUACAACGCCAGUUCGCAAAAUAAUGCCUACCUUUUGGAGAACUUGCGCCACUACUCUUUAUAUACUAUCACGAUCGCCGCAUGCGGCGUUAAGAUAGAUGGCAAUACACCGAUGUGCUCGUCCAUUCAGUAUGCAAAUAUCCGGACGCUGAAGCGAUUGAGCUCGGACGAUGUUCAAAACGUGAAGGUCCACGUGACUAACAAUACGAUAGUCGAAGUCAUCUGGGAAUCGGUCAAGGAUCCAAACGCGUUUACCGUCUCAUACACCAUUGAGUAUACGAAUCUGGAUGUGAAGGACGCGAAAAGGAGCACCGAGUGCAUACCAUACAUCGGCCAUAAGGAAUCCUACAUCAAUCAUUACAUCAGAAAUCUCAGUCCAGGUAGAUACAGCCUCAGAAUACGCUCCACGUCGCUGGCGGGUGAUGGCACCUUCACCAAUGUAGUUUACUUCUCGGUUGGUCUAUCGGAUAACAAUCAAAUAAUGAUUGUGACGCUGUUGAUUCUGGUUUUGCUGUUUAUCGUUGUGUUAGUAAUAAUGCUCCUUAUCAGGAACCGUCAGAAGAAGAAGACGCAGGAGCGAUUGAUAGCCAGUGUGAAUCCGGAUUAUAUCGAGACCAAGUACGUUGUCGAUAACUGGGAAGUACCCAGGGAAAACGUCGAAAUCUUGGAGGAGCUUGGACUGGGUAACUUCGGCAUGGUGUAUCGAGGUUAUCUGGACGGUACCGGACAAGUCGCCAUCAAAACGAUCUCCGAGAACGCUAGCCAACGAGAAAAGAACGAGUUCCUGAACGAAGCCUCGGUUAUGAAGAACUUUUCGACGUGGCACAUCAUCAAAUUACUGGGCGUAGUCUCCAUGGGCAAUCCGCCAUUCGUUAUUAUGGAGCUCAUGGAAAACGGCGAUCUGAAAACGUAUCUGCGCAGGAUACGUGACACCCAGAUGGUGCCGAAUGAAUCCAGGAUAAUAAGAAUGGCCGCCGAAAUUGCCGACGGGAUGGCGUAUCUGGAGUCGAAGAAAUUCGUGCACCGCGAUCUCGCCGCCCGCAAUUGCAUGGUGUCCAAGGAUCUGGUCUGCAAGAUCGGCGACUUUGGUAUGGCGAGAGAUAUUUAUGAGACCGAUUACUACAAGAUUGGCAAGAAGGGCCUGCUGCCGAUACGCUGGAUGGCGCCGGAGAAUCUCUCCGACGGCGUAUUCACGUCUGAUUCGGACGUGUGGUCGUUCGGUGUUGUGCUCUACGAGAUACUCACCCUCGCCGAAAUACCGUAUCAAGGUUUCUCGAACGAAGAGGUGCUGCAUCACGUGCUACGCAAAGGCAUGUUGAAUAUACCGCGGAACUGUCCCGAAACCAUACAAAAGCUCACAGAGAAGUGCUUCAAGUGGCGGCCCAGCGAACGACCAACUUUCAUGGAGAUUGUUUCCGAGUUGGAGCCGUUCCUGGGCCAGGACUUCUGUGAGAAGUCGUUCUACCACUCCGACGAGGGUAUCGAAAUACGUAGCCUCGGCAUCAAGAAGGUCUAUCACAAUGCCGCGCCGAUUCGAUUUCACUGGGGCCACGAGACCGCGAGGUGGGUGAAGGACUUCGAGGACAACGUGACGUUGCUCGAUCAGAUGAAGGCGGGCACCAGCCGGGGGCGGAUCUUCAAGAACGGUUUCCAGCACUUCGGUAAUGUAACGAACUUCGAGGACGUUCCGCUCGAUCGAUGAGAUUAGUCGGUGUACCGUUGAACGGGAAAACUCAACGGAAACGAGAUGUAAUUGCUUGAAACCGUCUUUGAUUACAAAAUUCGCGGAAGGACACGUAGAUAUUAACGUACAAACAAUACUCAGGGCAAUACGCGAGUGGUCUGACGAGGCUGUUGAACGAAAAAUACGUAAAUAUGUUACCAAGUUGCUCGCACGCGCUCGUUCGUUCACUUGCUCGCUCGUUCGCCCGCUUGUUCGUUCGUUCGUUCGUUUGUUCGUUCGCUGGCGCGGCGACAAGUGUUUCGUGUCCUUCUCUUGUUGCGGAUUAAACGUAAUCAGUUCUUGACGGUGGAUAGCAAUACGGAGAGAAGACCUCGCUGCGCGCAUCGUCGCGACGGCAUAUGGAAAAGAUGUUCGUAAUAGAAGCUAAGCUGUCGAACAAUUAGAUAAAUAAACGUAAGCGCGUAGUGUUUCGUAAUAAAAA